AUGUCGCGGCUUCGUUACAAGAAGGCUCAAGUCGCUACAACGAAAGCCCGGCGGGUUGGUCAUGGGCUAUGCCGUAGCCCCGGCUUUAGCCUAGGCCAGCCAAGUCCAGCGCAACCUGGACUGCCAAUGGACGGUGAAGCUUUGCCUAUUUGCUUGCAGGUGACACAAACUGUUCUGUGGUUUGUGCUCAAUUCCCCAUCAUCCCCUUGCCCAGAGUUCGAGCCCCGAGAUUCCCCUCGCACUACGCCUCCUAUCAAACACCCGGCACUUGUUUGUCGAUGCCCAAUCCCUUGA